AUGGCAAAAGUUUCUGAAUCCCAUCAUGCCCUUCUUACAUUACUGAUUGCUCUUCUAUCUACCUUGUUUAUUGUCGCACUGGCAAAGCAAAAAGGGUCCUUACAUGAGAAUCUUGUCCAAGAUAGCCAGAAGAAAUUGGAGUUACAGCCUUCAUUAGGAGACGUCACUACCCAACAAAGUGAAACUGCUCAGAGCCCAGUUGAGGCACAGUCAGAGUCCUCAUUUCCAUUAUAUUGUGAAAGCAGCAACUUCAUGGAUAAAAGUUUUGAACUCAGUGCUGAGAAGUAUGUACAAGAAGCUGAUCCACAGUCCGAUACUUCACUUCCAUCAGAUAGUGAAAGCAACACUAGCUCAACCAUGGGCGGAGAAAGUAUUGAGAUUCAUCACAGUAUAAAUGAAAAUCUUGAUAUUUCUGAUAACUUGGCGUUUGAUAGUGAUGGUUAUGAUGAUGAAGAGGACGGCUUGAUUGAAAUCCAACUUCCAAACAACCACUUUUCCGAGUUCUGGGCAGAAUGCAUUUUCAAGCAGCAAGGUUUCACAGAGCUCAUGGCAGAAAUUAAUGAGAUGAAUGAGGAUGCAAACCUAAUUGAGAUUGAUAUCUCCAAGGGAUCCACAAAACAUCAAGAUUUGAGAUUGGAGAAGGAGUUGGUUUGUUGA